AUGGCUUCACUAAGGUUGGCAGCUACAAAGGGCAAAAAGAUAAGUCGGAGGGAUUUCCUUAAAGUUAAUGUGCAGCACACAUGCACUGGGAUCAUGAACUACGUUCUGGUGCGAGUCCCUCCUCCCUCUGUGGGUCUCCCUCGCCCUCGUUUCUCCCUCUAUCUCUCCUCCCAGCUGCAGUACGGCGUGGUCAUCGUCUACCAUCGACAGUGUCAGCUCCUCUUAGAGGAUAUCCAGGAGGCCAUAGACAGACUGCUGCGGUUCCGCGCACAGGUCCAGAUCGACAUGCCGCAGGAGGACAUCAGGCAACCUCACACCAUUCCUGACGCUCUGACUCUCCUGAAUGAGACGGAGGGAGCGAGGGAUCCGUUCUUUGGGUCGAUGGAGUUCAGCCUUCCCAGUCCCAGCAGCCUCAUUGAGCUGGCUCAAGACAUAGAAAAGAUGUCUCCUCAGCGCCAGUCGCCGGAAAGAGCAGUGACCCCACCACCCGACGGAAUCACAGCCAGUCAGGAGUCCAUCACUCUGAUGGAAAGAGAACCUGAACCCAUACCUGAACCUGAGUUUGAGGGGGCGGAGCUUCAGGAUUUUAAUAUGAUUGAGAUGCUGAUGGAGCAACCUGAUGAUUUUUUUAUGGACGAGGAGGAGAGACAGCGAGAGAGAGAGAGAGAAAGAGAAAGACAGAGGCAGCAGGAGACAGAGAGGGAGACAGGGAGAGAGAGAGACAGGGAGCAAGAGCAGGAGAGAGAGCGAGAGAGUGAAAGAGAGGAGGAUAUACAGAGAGAGCGAGAGAGAGCAGCAGCAGAGACAGAGAGACUGAGAGAGAUAACUAAAUCCACCAUCUCUCUGGAGCAAAUUCAAACCCCUGAGGUUCCCAGCAGAGACAUUGUGCUCGAGGCUGAGGAGGCGAUGGGUUUGCCGAUGGAGAUGCCUGAACCGGUAGAAAGAGAAUUAACACCCAUCUCUGAAUCUUUACUAAUUCCACCAUCUCCACCCAGCCCAGUAGAGAGGAGAGAGGAGCCCAGAGAGAGUCCCAGACUGGAGCCUGUUCCGAUCAGCCCUCAGCCUCUGGUGGAACAGAGGAGGAGAAGGAGGAGGAGGCAACGGCUCGUCAUUGAUGAACUCACGCAAAUUCCCCUAGAAACCAUGCAGGCCCAGAUCAACGACCUGAACAUGGAGACCAAGUCACUGGCGGAUAUUCUUGUCAAAUCUCCUUCCCAACAGAGUGACCCUAAAACACUCCUCAGUAACCCCUGCACGAGUUUUCCUCCUGAAAUCCUGGAACUGUGGAAACAGUGCGCAGUCAUCCGCCCCAUCCCUCCGUUACCACAGCGUGAAGAGGUCAGAGAGGAGGAGGAACAAAGAGAGGAACCAGAGGAGAAAGAGGCUGAGCCAGAGAUCGCCUCCAAGGAGGUGCCCAGAGAGAUGGGAGAGUCAGGCAUCUCUCAGUACGAAACUCAAGUGUCGUCGCUGGUGAUGCUGGAGACCACAGAGAGAGAAAUGUCGCCAAUGGAGACUCCUGAGACUCAACGGUCACCUAUUCCCAUCUCCUUGCAUGGAUUGGAGGACAUUGCUGAAGAGAGGGUCCCAGAACUGGAGGAAAUCCCAAUGGAAACUGAGAGUCAACUAGGGGAGGUGCCGACUUUUCACUCUCUGCUGCCGCCUGCGGUCAACCGCAGAACUGUCGCCCAGACCUUCUGGAGGCUUCUCGAGAGAAUGAACACAAAGGAAGUGACAGUGCAGCAGGACGAGCCGUACGGUGACAUCUUCAUCACACAGACAGAGAGGCCGAAGGAGUGAUUUUAGUGUGUUAGAGUAAUUUUCAAAAAUUACACUUAUUACAAUAUUAUUGCCAUAAUUUUAGAGACAGUUCAAAUGUUCAAUAGGAACUGUGCAUUCACUAUUAAGUACAGCUGUUUGUUUAAGCAAUGUGUGUUAUUUUAACUGUUAUAAGGCUCUGUUUCUUUAAUCUACUGUAUCAGUUUUAAAUGUGAUGUAUUUAAAUUCAAUUUUAAAGUUUAAAUGUAUGAAAUUUUGAUGACCCA